GGGAGGGAGGUUGGGUUGACGGGUGGGGGGGGGUUGAAAAGCUGAGGUAAAGUCGGGGGUGGACGGCGGCUGGGAAGGCGGGAGGCGAGGCCAGGCCCAGGCCCAGCGCGGACUCCGGAGCUGACCACGGAGCCCAGCAGGACUGGAUACAGAGUAGGAGCAGAAACCUGGCUGAUUUUCUUCUCGUUUUCUCCGCUGUCCUCGAGGCUAAUUGUAGACUCUUUAAGGGGAAGUUACACACAACAUGUCUGCUUCCAAGCAGCUUCUCACUUCCAGAUCUGCAGUCUAAAACAUGGUAACACAUAAUGGAGGAGGUGCAGCACGAUGGCAGUAACAGCACGGAUGCAGGAACACAACAACACCUGACAAUACAGGCUUCACAGCUUUCCCAGUUAGCACAGCAGGUGUCAAUGGGCGGUUCGACUCCAGUAACAGUACUUCAGCUGCCUGGGGGACAAUCCGUCCAUGUCCAAGGGGUAAUCCAGACAGCCCAGUCAUCAGUCAUCCAGGCCCCACAAAUACAGAGUGUUCAGGUAUCAGCGUUAUCAGAGAGUGAGGAUUCCCAGGAAUCAUCCGACAGUGUAUCAUCAUCACAGAAAUCCAGGGAGAUUCUUUCCAGACGUCCGUCAUACAGGAAAAUCCUGAAUGAGUUAUCUUCUGGAGACUCAGCACAAACAAAGAACGAGGGAAAAGGUGAUGAAGAGGCUGGUGCUACUCCCAUCACCACCAUGACUGUCCCAACACCCAUUUACCAGACCAGCACUGGACAGUACAUUGCUAUUGCACCCGGGGGAACGAUACAGCUUGCGAGUCCUGGGUCUGACAGUGUCCAGGGCCUCCAAACGCUCACCAUGACUAAUGCUGGCGGCACGCAGCAGGGAGCCACGAUUCUACAGUAUGCACAGACUGCAGACGGACAACAGAUACUCGUCCCCAGCAACCAGGUGGUGGUACAGACGGCCUCGGGCGAUGUACAAACGUAUCAGAUACGCACCACUCCCACCACCAACUCGCUCCCCCAAACCGUGAUGAUGACGUCGCCAGUCACCCUCCAGCCCCAAUCGACAAAGGCAGAAGACGCAACCUUGAAGCGUGAGAUUCGGCUAAUGAAAAACAGGGAAGCUGCACGCGAAUGUCGCAGAAAGAAGAAAGAAUACGUCAAAUGCCUGGAAAACCGUGUUGCUGUAUUGGAAAAUCAGAACAAGACCUUAAUUGAGGAACUGAAGACCUUAAAGGACCUUUACUGUCACAAAUCGGUCUAACUCUUUCAUAAACUCUGGGAACAUGAGUCCUAUGGACUAUUAGACUGAGGUGGGUGGGGGGGAGGGAAGAGCAUUUUUACAUGGAUUUAAUACGAAAUGGUUUGGGAAUAGAAACUGAAUAUAAAUUCUGUAACCCUUUUGCAUGAAUUUAAUGAAUUUAUCACAAAAAAGAGGAAGCAAGAGAGGCUGUGUUAAUGUCUGACUGAGCAACACCUGCAGAAAAGAGAAAUCCUGGAACGCCAGCAAAAAAGGAUUUGUCUGGGUCACCUGUUGGGACACGACUACGUUUUGGUGCGUGACAUUGUAACAUGACCACGUCGACUGGAAGUUCAUCUCUUAAAAUGGCUGAAUUCCAAUAAUGAAGGGAGCAGUGGGGGGGGUCUGCCUCCUCCGCUAGAGAGAUACCACCAGCAGACAACUGUUCACACCAGGAUCAUUGCAAACCACCACAGUGUUUCCUGUGGGUCUGUACGUCUGCAUAUCAUGUCUUGAAAGUUCCAACAGUUUCUGGUCUCGUAGUUUUACCUGAGGCAAGGACCAGAAAUAUUAUUUUAAAUAACAUUACGCCAGCCAUCAACCAAACUCCAUCGUCCCCCAUCCCCCCCCCCC